UGCCUCUCGGUCGGAGCAGCAGCAGCAGCGGCAGCAGCAGCUCGUGCUCAAACGCAAAAGCGCACCGCGAGCGGACUGACUGCUGAACGGGCGGCACAAGACUCUUCCUCACCCUCCUCCACCAUCACCACCAUCCUCAUCCUCCCUCUCCUCGGAGGGGAUGGAGGGAUGCUGACGGGAGAGCUUCAUCAUCAUCUUCAUCACCGUCAUCACCACCACCACCAUCAUCAUCACCAUCAUCAGAGGAGCAGCAGCUCUCCAGUGGGCUGAAAAAGUUAAGGAGGAUCCGGUUUAAUAACGGAGCACCGAAGGGGGGCUCGUGCCCGGCGUUAACCCGGGAUAAUCCGCCUGACACGGUUGAUGUCUACUUUGGACUCCAUGGAAACGGAUCCUCUGGUUUUGAAGGGAUUUAUUGUGUAUUUAACGGAUCACUGACGGCGCUUUCUGACCGGUCCCCGGUACAGAAACUGAUCUCCGGUGUCUUUAUUAACGGAUCUCUGACGUUAUACAAAGGGAUCCCCUGCUUUUCUUUAACGGAUUCCCGGUGUUUGAAUUGAUCACUUUGCAUCGAAACUGAUCUCCGGCGGUUUGAAAUGAUCUCAGAUGUUUGCUGUAACGGAUUCCCGGUGGUUAAUAACGGCUUUCUUUGUGUUUAAACUGACAUCUGAGGUGUUUCACGGGAUUUCUAACGUCAGUGUGACGGAUCACCGGACGGUCCCGGGUGGACUUGACGGUUUGCUUCACGGUAACCUCCCCCGGUACUAAAGAAGAAGAAGAAGAAGCAGAAGAGGAAGAAAAAACGCAGGUGCAGAGUUUACCGGCGGAAAUAACGGGUUUAACGGGACAGGCUCUCCUGAGGCAGGAGGAGAGGAAAAGUCUCGCUGUUACAGGAUCACCGCCACCGGGGAAGGUUUCCCUGAACCCGAGGGACUGACCGCCGCUGGGAACCGGACCCGGGGCUCACCGAUUCCCAUCAGGGGGCGAGAGAAGAGAAGUUACCAGAGCACCGGAGGAGUACUUAACGUGGAUCUUUACCGGCUGAAUUAGUCCUUCUCACAGACCGUUAAUGAUCGGAUAACCUUCAUCAUUAAUACCAGACUAAGCUUAUUAACGGGACGGAUUGACUGUUGGGGUUUUAACGGAUAAAACAGAAGAAGAAAAUGUCGCCUUUUCCAUCGUUUCUCCCGGUUUAUGUGCUCUCCACUCCGACUGGAAUCAAUCGGCUAUAAUCCGGGUUAUCAAUCACUUUAAAUCCAUUUUUUUUCAUCCAUCAGCCUCGUGAGCUGUAGAGCAGGGAUCGUUUAGACCCGGGUAUUCACACGAGUGAAUUAUCUCCUCCGCGGUGAAAUAAACCCACAUGCUGACCGUAAAUUACCCACUUAACCCCCCCACCAACCUCAGGAGCCUGAGAGUUAUUACCUUUAUUAAAACACCAUCUUUGUGUCAACUGAGAGCGGCGGAAAAAUCUGAUUUUCAUGUCUAAAAAAAUGUGAUUUAAGCAGAAAUAUGUGGGAAUAACUGACCUAACUCUACUCCAACAAACUGAGACAAAACUUUUUGUUCUUUUCUUGACCAAAAAAAAGUACAAAUUUAAAUCUUUAUUGUACCAAAAAUAUUUUACAAAAAACCUAAUUGACCUGGUUUUAUGUGUAAAAAAGAAGUCGUGAAGCUGAAAUAAUAUUAACUGAGAUACUCUCGGUGCAUCUGUGGCUCCUAAUACUGACCUUAAUGUCCUGUAAGAUGUUUUCAUUUCCCACUGUAUCAUAAUAAUAAUCCCAUAAUAGUCCAACAGGAGUUUAUUUAUGCUUUACUUCAGGUCUGGAGGAGCUAUAAACUGAGAAGAAAUAUAACCACCUGGGGACAGAAACCUGCUGCUUCAACUCCCACCGUGUUAGUUUAAGCUUUAGUUUAAGAUGCCUGUUUCACCUGAUCGUUUCUGAAGCUCAAAAUGUGGAUUUCCAUCAUCCUAAAGUGAUUUUAAUUCCUAAUCUGUGAGGAGACCCCGGCUAAACUGUUGACUUCAGCUCCUAUCUGUGCCGGUUUAGAGUUUUAGCUCACCCAGCUGAUUUCCUGUGAAGGUUUAUGGAUGGUACGCUCACUGUAUAGCCACAUCCUCAACAGCAUACCUCCUCCUCCUCCUCCUCCUUCUUCCCCUCCUCCUCCCUCUCAGCCUCCUCUACACUUGAAAUCAAGCCAUGCUGCAUUGAUUUUUUUCUCCCCGCCGCAAAACCAAAACGCACACGAGCAUCUCAUCCUCUCUGGUUUGUCAGUUUUGUUGCCUGAAAUGUAAGAUGUGCCAUGGUGUUGAUUUUCCGCCUCGAGUCAGAGCUGAAGGACGUUCAUAACAGUCCAGCAGCGGCGGCAGCAGCAGCAGCGAGGUCAGAGUUCAGGUGUUCAGAAAUAUAACUGCUGGAGUUUCAGCAGCUCAUAACUGGAGGUUUGACAGACUGAGAGCUGGGAUCUUUUGAACGAACUCAACCGAGCUGGAGUCAGACCUGAGCAUAAAUGAAUGUUGUUUUGAAUCAGAACCAGUUUCUGAGUUUGAACCUCGAGGACGUUUCUCCAUUGUUAAAGUGACACUUUCAGCUAAAUGGGACUAAACGACAGCAGCCCAGGCGCCAUGAGGAAUGGCCGUGGCCUCUCUGACCAGUGGGCCGAGUCAGUGGUGGUCCGGCCUCGAACCACAGAGCGCCACAUCACGGUGCACAAGCGGCUGGUGCUGGGCUUCGCCCUGUCCAUCCUCACCCUCAUCAUCGUCACAGCGGUGGCCGUGGUGCUCAGCGUUCGCUUCGAGGAGUGCGCAGGCCAGGAUCGUGAUGGAGUGACAGGGGAGUCUGGCUCCCGGGGUUCGGGAGGGUCAGCGAAGUUGAAUGGGAGCAGAGGGGAGAGGACGGGGGAGAGGGCCGACGAGGAGGCGGUCCAGCCAUGGAGAAACUCGCGGUUGCCAGGCACAGUGAGGCCACGGCACUACGAUCUGAGGCUCGCCGUCUACAUGGACAACUUCACCUUCUCCGGAGAGGUCAGCAUCGAGCUGGAGUGCAUCAACGCAACCAGGUUCAUCGUGCUGCAUGCAGAUCGCCUUGAGGUGGACCGGGUGUCUGUGACGGCUGAGGGCGGCGCCGGUGGUCGUCCCGCCAAUCGGCCUGGGGGUGGGGCCAUGCGCGUCCACCGCCACUUCCCCUUCCCAGCCAACCAGAUGUACGUGGUGGUGCUGCACCGUGAGCUGAAGCCGAUGAGAGUUUACCGGCUGAACGUGAGCUUCGACGCCGCCAUUGAGGACGAGCUGCUGGGGUUCUUCAGGAGCUCGUACACCCUGCAGAGAGAGAGACGUUACCUGGCAGUGACGCAGUUCAGCCCGAUCCAUGCCCGGAAAGCCUUUCCCUGCUUCGACGAGCCCGUCUACAAGGCCACGUUCUCCCUCACUCUCCGCCAUGACCCACAGUACACCUCCCUCUCCAACAUGCCUGUGGAGAGCAGCUCACUGUCAGACGAGGACGGCUGGGUGACCAACCGCUUCGCCCGGACGCCUCGCAUGUCCACAUACUACCUGGCCUGGGCCGUCUGCAACUUCACCUACAGAGAGACGCAGACCAACAGUGGCGUGACGAUCCGUCUUUACGCCCGGCCGGACGCCAUUUCCAGCGGAGCGGGUGACUAUGCUCUUCAUAUCACCAAGAGACUGCUGGGAUUUUACCAGGACUACUUCAAAGUCCAGUACUCGCUGCCCAAGCUAGACUUGUUGGCAGUGCCCAAACAUCCCUACGCUGCCAUGGAGAACUGGGGACUGAGCGUUUUUGUGGAGCAGAAGAUCCUAUUGGAUGCUGAAGUGUCGUCCUCAUCCUAUCAGAUGGAGCUCACCAUGGUGGUCGUCCACGAGAUCUGCCACCAGUGGUUUGGUGAUCUGGUGACUCCGGUCUGGUGGGAGGACGUCUGGUUAAAAGAAGGUUUUGCUCAUUUCUUUGAGUACGUCGGCACUGACUUCCUCUUCCCGAAGUGGAACAUGGAGAAGCAACGCUUUCUGACAGACGUCCUCCAUGAGGUGAUGCUGUUGGAUGGCCUAAGCUCCUCCCACCCAAUCUCCCAGGAGGUAGAACAAGCAACGGACAUCGACCGAGUCUUCGACUGGAUCGCCUACAAAAAGGGGGCAGCGCUGAUCCGGAUGCUGGCUAACGUGAUGGGACAGCCGCUGUUCCAGAAAGGUCUCAACGAUUAUCUGCUGAGUCACAUGUACAGCAACGCAGCCAGAGACGACCUUUGGAGCAAACUUUCUCAGGCUAUGCGUUCAGAGGGGCAGGAUAUCAACAUUGGAGAGAUGAUGGACCGGUGGACUCUACAAAUGGGCUACCCUGUCAUCACCAUCACCAAGAACCAAUCAGAGCAGCUCCCCACUCAUUACAUCACUAUCAAACAGGAGCACUUCCUGUAUGGACAGGAAGUGAGAAGCAACAACAGUUUACAGUGGCAGGUCCCAUUGACGGUCGCUGUGGGAAACACAUCCACCGUUUGUUUAGAGAGCCUCAUCUGGAUCAACAACAAAACAGAGACCCACAGGAUUGGUCAGAUGGAUGACAACACCUGGUUGCUGGGCAACAUAAACCAGACGGGCUACUUUCGCGUGAACUACGACCUCCAGAAUUGGAAACUGCUGAUUCAACAGCUCCACACCAAACCUCAAAUCAUCUCGGUUGGAAACAGAGCAGGUCUUAUCGAUGAUGCCUUCAACCUGGCCAGGGCGGGGUACCUCCCCCAGGGUGUUCCCUUGCAGCUGAUUGGCUACCUGCCGGAGGAGACGUCCUUCCUGCCAUGGCAUGCUGCCAGCCGAGCGCUCUACCAGCUGGACAAACUGCUGGACCGCACAGAGGAAUACAGCCUGUUCAGUGACUAUGUUUUAAAGCAGGUUGCAUCGCGCUACCAUCAGAUGGGUUGGCCAACGAAUGGCCCUGGCAAUGAGGGCAACAUCCUGCAGGCAUCCUACCAGACUGAGGAGUUACAGAGAGAGCUCAUCAUGUUAGCUUGUAGCUUUGGGAACAAGCAGUGCCACCGUCAGGCUGUCGCCUACAUCUCUGACUGGAUCUCCAGCAACAAGAACAGGAUUCCUCCCAACAUCAGAGACAUAGUUUACUGCACCGGGGUCAGUCUGAUGGAUGAGGACGUGUGGGAGUUUAUCUGGAUGAAGUUUCACUCGUCCAACGCUGUUUCAGAGAAGAAGAUCCUGCUGGAGGCUCUGACCUGCUCGGACAACACUUUCCUCCUCAACAGGUUACUGAACCUGUCUCUGACCUCAGACCUGGUCCCAGAGCAGGAUGUGAUCGACGUCAUCAUCCACGUGGGCAGAAACCCUCAGGGUCGAAACCUGGCCUGGAAAUACUUCAGAGAAAAGUGGGAUGUCCUCAACGCACGCUAUGGUGAAGCGUUGUUCAUGAAUUCAAAGCUCAUCAGUGGGGUCACAGAGUUCCUGAACACUGAGAGAGAGCUCAAUGAGUUAAAAGAGUUCAUCCAAUCCAGCGGUGUGGGGGCGGGGCCUGCUUUGCCACGGGCGCUGGAGAUCGUUGAGGGCAACGUGCGCUGGCACCGCCUCCACCGGCGGCAGUUCUACCAGUGGCUGCGCAAACCUCCAAGCCCCGCCCUUGGCUAAUGCUACAUAGGCUAGCUCAAGUGCGACUGCAAACUGACUGCUAAGCUCAUGCUAACACACUGCUAGCUUACAGAUGCAGUCAGAUAGAAGAAAAAAAAAAACUGUCUGGAUGAAGAGAAAGAUUUGACCUGACUGGUUAUUCAGCUGGUUUUUCUUUACUGGUUUUGUUGUUUAAAAAAAAAAAAAAACUUUAUUUCAUACUUUUUAUUUCAGAUAUUUGUUACUUUUUCAACAAGCAGCUGAUGUGGUUAAACUAGUUUCUGUUCUGUGGAAAAGUAAAGACAAAUUUAAAUCACUAAAGGUGAUAGCUAGCUGGCCAUCAUUGCUAGAUAGCAGCUAGUUUAGAAACUCCCCAGUGACAAAAUCAGCCUCAGGGGCUACACAGAGAGAAAACUUCUGAAUUUAAAUCAAAACAGAUUAACUUUUCAACCUUUUUUUUAAACAUUUACAUUUCAGUAGUUGUGCAACAAAAUCUGAACUUUUUGGGAGUCAAAACAUUGCCAGUCUCAAAACUGGCAAAAUCAAACAUUACAGCAGUAUUUGGUAGUUGCUAAAGUUGCUUAUUGACUUCUAUUUAUUGUCAUCAUAAAUGUUUUUAAGGAGUUUUUUUACACUUCAAAAACUUUAAACUUUGAAGAACAAACAUGAGGCCAAAAACCAAAGCUUUUAAUCCUAUUAGCAGCUGUGCUUCCAGACAAAAUUACCCUAAUUUGACCUGACGUUGACCUGAAAUCAGCCAAAUCUGAUCAGAAGAAACAUCCAGACCAAACAGUAUUGCUCUUAAUGGAAGAACCUCCAUCCUGAAGCUCUAUCUUGGCUCCAGUCCAAAUCCCUGACUAACCAGAGACCCAGAACAGUUUAAGUCGGACCAGCUGACAGUAAAAGGCAGAUUUCCCAGCAGUCAGCUGCAUGUCGAUCACUGAGCAGAACCGUAAUUAACACUACAUGGACUCGUUGUCCUCUGAUCACAGCUCUCAGAUGGCUCAUUCAGACUCAUUAACUCUCCACAACAUUCAAACUGCUUCGGCUUGAAUUUAAAGAGUAGCUUUAUGUUUUUUCAUGAUCAAAAACUCCAACAGUUUGGAAAAUAUCAGCGGGUUUGGGAGGCUUUGUUGGAGCUUUGCUUCAGAUAUGUACUUUGAAUAUAAAAGCUCAUAAUAAUAAAAUUGGCUCCAAACCACAGAAAGCACUACAUGUGGAAGAAUAAUUUUCACUGAAGUGCAGUGGUUGUUAUAUUUUUUGUCUUUGAACAAGCAGAGCUGGAAAAUAUUUGAGGGAGAUUUUUAAGUGAAAACAAAUUAACAAGUGUUCUCACAGGUUUGUUGAGAUGUAGAGGUGUAAUGGAAACUGACUUAGUAAUUUGCUUGACGUUAGAUCAGUAAACUUGAAAUGGAAACUUUUCUCAGCCUUUACAAAACUCCCCUGACAUACGAAAGCUCCAAUUUUUGUUUUCCAGUCUCUUGUGAAAAGUAUAUAAUUGUGUCUUCGGUGCCAUCUAGAAAUUUAAUGUUGUUACCUUGCAAGUGAAAGUGGAAAGAGAAGUUGUUAAGUGGAAAGACCAAAUGAUUAUUAAAAUACAAAAUAAUAAUUAACUUUCGAAAUGACUUGUGUCAUCAGGUGAGGUGCAGGGAGAAAACAUCACGCAGGCAGGCAGAAGUGCAGGGAAAAAUGGGCAGACUUUCAUUUAUAGUCUUCCAAGCUAAUGCAUAAAACAAAAGAAAAAUGAGGAAAGCCACACUGCACUCUAGUGCGCUAGAGUUUUUUUCGCCUUUUCAAUUGAAACCACCCUAUCAGGUCAGGGCUCAAAGACAUCCAACAAAAAUAUACAGUGUUUUCUGGCACUUAUUCAGUCCAACAAGCCUGCAACUUCUUCAGUAUAUCAACAUAUAUACAGUCCAACCAAAAUAAACAAAUUACUUCGCUAUUUAAAAUCGCUCCCUUGUUCACUCAUUCAUUUUUGAUUUAGUUAUAAAUUUAUUUGUAAAUAAACUCAUCAACCAUCACCAUUUUGCAACAUGGUUUUAUGUCAAAUGGGUGAUGUGCACAACGGUUAACAGGUUACAUGGGAUUUUAGUAAAGUACAAAAGUACUGUACAUGCUCCGGAUGUUAUUUUUACAAUUAAUACACUAAAUUGACAGAGAUAGUAAUCACAGUAUUAAAUAGGAAGAGAGAGUGAUUUUGGAUACAGCUCAUGUUCAAACAGUUUGCCCAAACUCCACACACAUAAAAUCUCUCAGCCAAUGAAGUUUCUCCUCAUUCAGUGACCUUGUAAAAACCUGACAAUAACUCCCAAAGAGGGUCUAAUUUAAUGAAAGAUCUAACAGGUGGAUGAGAGAGUGCAGAGAAUGUUUCUUUGUGGAAAACUAAGAGGAGUCAGGGGACUAUCAGUGACAUGACAACAUUUCUGACUAAGUGCAACCUUGGAGAUUAAAACCACAACGAAGUUAACAAUUAAAAAAACUCAACAGUUCUCUGUGGUUUCACAACUAGUUGAAGCACAUCAGCCUCAGCUGCAGGACAGAAACUAAAGUCACAACCUCAAACACUGAGUUGUUUUUUUUUUGUUUGUUUGUUUGUUUGUUUUUUUGUUUUUUGUUUUUUGUUAUAGCCAGUCAGUGGUUAGCUUCAAUCAAAUCACUUUUCUGUCUCCACAUGGAAGAAUAAAUGAGUGGACUUUAAAUUGAGGAUGAUAAAACUGGGGCAAGGAAAUGGCUCACAAGCCAACAGAGACUAUACGUUGAGUGUUGUUAUAUGCAGAUGAUGUGGCUUUUUGGAUGAGAGUGUUGAUAUGAGGACACGACAGAUUCAAGCUCAUCAUCAGUGGAUUUUAACAGCUUGAUUGAAAGAUGGGACAAUGAUGGACUUGAAAUUGUGACCAAUUCUUCUAGAUUACCCAGACUGGUUUAUUAUUUGUGUGACGGAUUAAUGAAAUUCAUAGUCUUACAGACCUCAUAUGGCUAUGAAUGUUACAGCAGAUUCUUCAGUUGACAAUAUUGUUUGUAGAUUUUACGGCGUGACGGGAAUUACAGCUUGACAUCUACAAGGUGAUGGAUUCUGAUAUGUGUAAUGGAUUAUACAACGUAACAGAUUCAGUAACAAUGUGACGGAAAAUUCGAUUCUACAGAUCAACAACAGUAUGUAUUGUACAGUAGAAGAAGAAGACUCCUACAGUGUGAUGGAUUUUAUACCACCUGUGGAUGUUAUACUGCACAGUGGGCUUUAGAGUCUUUGAAACAAUGAGGUGGACUCAAGAAAGCAUAGAAAAAUUACACCUGAAUUAUUUUUUUUGGAGUCCAACUCCAAAGAAAAGACUGAAUUUUGGAAAAUGAAUAAAAUGACUCAUAACAAAGUUUUUGAAAGUCAAGUGCAUUGAACCUCCGUCCUGUCGUACAGACUUUCUGAAGUUGUUCCUCUUCGGCUAGAUCCAGCUUCAAUGUUAAUAACUGAGCCAUAUAUGAAUUAAUGGGCCUGCCUGCUUCUAUACACUGUGUGUCCAGUGGUGUGUGAGUGUGUGUGAGUGUGUGUGUGAGUGUAUGAUGGUGAUGAUGAAGAUAACAGCAGCAGUGGUGGCGAUGAUGACUGCUGUGCCAGUCACAAUGAUUAAAAUUAUGAUAAUUGAAAUUAUUAUGAUUAUGAUCAGGACUGAGGCUGAUGGUGGAGUCAGUAUUGAUAAAUGUUGAUGAUGUGAAAAAGCUAAUCAGUAUUAUUAUAAUUAUUAUGCUAAUUAUACAGUGCAUUUUGAACCUUUAUUGUCCUGUCAAGGAAAAUUUGGUUUACAAACACAAAGCACACAACAAAUCUGCCCCAUGUACAAAUGAACACUGUAAAUGGCACAAAUAUGAUUUGAAGUUAUAAUGUGAGAUUUGCAAGAUGUUGAUAAAAAUGUUGUUCAUGAUGGUUAUGAUCAUAAUGAUGACGGUGAUGAUGAGGUAGUGUUGAUGAUGGGACCAAAAUAUGACAGAAACAGGAAGUUGCACAGAAGAGUUUAAUCCUACUUCCUGUUUGCCCUGCUGUGGUUUCCUGUGUUUUCUGAUUGGACAAUAUUAAAAUGGUUAACCUUG